GUACCAACUGCUUCCUGGGCGUUACCAGGGCAACAGAGCUCAACAACUUCGUGUUCUGCGCAGCCCCUCUUUAGACCGCUUGCCUCAGGAUGAUUUGCAGGACCCUGUUAUAAGGAUGAUGCAGGCGUGUGUGGCGGGAGAGAUACCCCGUUCCCAUCUGUCACCCGAAGUUUAUUCCCCUCCAGUGGGAGGCAGAAAGAUGGCAGAGAGGGCCCCAGAGAGCAGGGAGCUGAGCCUGAUGGAUAAACAGGUGUCCAGCCUGUUGGAAAUUUCCUUGGACUCCAGUCUCCUGUCCAUCAAUUUACAUUGCAAUCAACUCUCCAGAAUAGAGGGACUGGAACAUCUACACCAUUUACAGCAUCUGGACCUCUCAUCUAACUUGAUAACUCGAAUCGAAGGCCUGGGCUCUUUGAAGAGUUUGUGCACCUUGAAUUUGUCUUGUAACAAGCUUUCAAAAAUCGAAGGGCUGCAGGGGUUAAUAAAUCUCAAGGAACUGAAUUUAUCAUAUAAUCACAUAAAUGACAUCACUGGAUUAAUGUUACUUUCUAGGCAGAGUCAAAAGCUCAAGCGCCUAUACCUCCAUAGCAACUGCAUCAGUGACAUUGAGCAAGUGAUUCAUAGUAUUGUGGGGCUGCAGUCCUUGUUUCAUCUUACGUUGGAACAGAAUGGAAAAGGGAACCCAGUUUGUUGCAUAACAGGAUAUAGAGAUGUUAUCCUUGAACGCUUACCCCAUUUGAAGACUCUUGAUGGCAAAGACAGGAGAGGCGAAUUGGUCUUUGGAAUUGAUACCGGCUCUGCAGACUUUCCUAGCUUGGACUUUUUAGAAUACCUAACUGUAUUUGAUGUUGGAAUCAAGGAAUUAAAGGAUUCAACCAAUGUACCAGUGGCAACACAGCGAAUUGAUGAGGUGUUAUCUCAGUAUCGAAAGCGUCCAGUUCGCUUUGCAGCAGCUGAUAUGAGCUCUGGUGCAGGUAACACCUCAUCGUCCGAGCGAGAGGAGGCCAUACAUCAAGAUGCGCUGCAUGAACUGAGGAUUAAGAAACUAGAGGAUGAAAUAUCUGUCCUUCUGAAGAAGGCUCACACUCCAAAAUCAGGGAUGCCAAUAAGUGUAACGAAAGCAAAGAGAGAUACAGAUCUGACAACUGAAAGUGACUGUGAAAGUGGGAAAGAAAACCAAAGCCACGUGGAUACAAGACGAAGCAGAAUCCCUGCAUAUUGCAAGAACAGUCAGGUGCCAAAUCACAGGCCUAACCAACAGCCAAAGGCCAAGAUUUUAAACAGUGCACCAAAGAGGACUGCAGCACGGAAACAGAAAAGCCCCGGUCCUCAUAAUAGGAAAGAUGAAAUUCAGAGCAGUGCGUCCUCGGACAGAGUGGACACCAGUAGCAUGGAACGAACGCAUGUAAAGCUUCAAACAACAAAGACGGGGAGAAUUGUGCCUAAUCCCACCGAGGAAUCCACUUAUAGGAUGCUUGUUCAAGAAUUGGACCAGGAACGAGAACGAAGAUGGAAAGCUGAGCAGCUUGUAGUCAAGCUAACCGAAAAUCUUGAAGAACUGCAGUGUCAAGCAAAAGAAGAGAAAGAUAUUAACAGCGUGGCUGUAUAUACCACUGAUAGGUUGAAAGAAUUACUUUUAAGAGAAAAAAGUGAAAAAAGCAAAUUGCAAGGUUUUGUCCACCAUUUGAAAGAAGAAAAUGAGAAACUUAAAAACGAACUUGAAAAAUUUGCAAACAAAGAGGCAGACUUUCAAAAAGCUUUGAAGACUAUGGAAGACACGUUGUCCAAGUUGGAGACACAGCGUGCACAACAGCAAACUCUACAUAUGAAACAGAUCAAAGAAGCAGAACGUAGAGCAUCUGCUUCCCAAAGAGAAGUGGACUUGCUUCGAGUGUCCGUUCGGCAGCAGAAGGAUAAAGUUCAUCAGCUCCAUGAACUGCUAACUGCGAGAGAGCAGGCACACAGAAAGGAGCUUGAAUCAAGGGUGGCUUUAUACAGGCCUGAAUUCCAAGAAGCAGUGGCUAAAGAAGUUGCCAAGGAAGAAUGUCGCCAUAGUGAACAAAUAAAUGAAUACCGAGAUAAGAUGAAUGGACUGACGCAGCAGUAUGCAGAUCUGGAAGAUGAGUUUCGUGCUGCUCUGUUUAUUGAAGCAGGACGAUUUAAGGAGGUUAAAGAUGGCUUUGAUAGCCUCACAGCUGAGUUAGCGGAAUAUAAAGAAGCACUUGCUAGCUGUCAAUUGAAAGAAAAAAAGUCUGCAAGCUUAGUUCAAGAGCUCACUACCUUGGUGAAGGAGCAAAAAGCAAGAAUAAUGGAAGUCACCAAGGCAAAGCAAGAGGCAACCGGCGAGCUAAAAAAAAAAUCUCGCACACUGGAAAUGGUGGCCGAAGAAGAAAAACACAAAACGGUUCAAAUUGAACUUCUGAAGCAAGAAAAAUCAAAGCUUAUUUCACAGCUCACUGCCCAGGAGUCGUUGAUAGAUGGACUAAAAGCAGAAAGAAAAAUCUGGGGAGAAGAAUUGACCCAACAAGGUGUUACUCUUGCCCAAGAUAGAGGGAGGCUUGAAGCCAAAAUUGAAGUACUUUCUAAUGAACUUGAAACCUUGAGGAAGCAGAAUGAGCGUGACAACGAUGCUCUAAGAAUCAAAACCAAAGUGGUUGAUGAUCAGACCGAGACCAUUAGGAAAUUAAAAGAAGGACUACAAGAGAGAGACGAACGAAUCAGAAAGUUGCGGGAAGAAAAUAUUAGGGCCGAGAAAGCACUACAAGAGCAAAGCGAUGAGAAAGCGUCCCAACUGGAGGAGCUGAAAGAGAAGCUGGAAAGACAGACCGAGAGGAAGGAGGAAGUCAAACAACUGCUGGAAGAGAAAGACGCUGAGCUGGAAGAUGUGAAGAAGGCUUACAGUGCAAUGAAUAAGAAGUGGCAGGAUAAAGCAGAAUUACUAAGCCAGCUUGAGACACAAGUCAGGCAGAUGAAAGAGAAUUUUGAUGCCAAGGAAAAGAAGCUGAUUGAAGAGAGAGACAAAAGCCUUCAGACUCAGAAGGCUUUAACUGAGAAGCUCCGCUCUGUGGAUGAUGCCUUUAGACAGCAGCUGGAGUCCCUCCUUGCUACUCAUCAAGGUGAACUUACUAAGCUGGCGAGUGGCAAGCAAAGGGAAAUUGAAGCCGCAAACGAAAGAGUUUAUCAGGUGGAGGAAGAAAUGCGGCAGCUCUUGCAAGAAACCGCAAAAAGUAAAAAAGCCAUGGAGGAGAAGAUAAAGCGUCUUUCCAGCAAUUUAAAAGAAAUUCAGCAAGACCUUUAAUUUUGUUUUAGAAUUUCCAUUUCAUAUUUCAUUGCCCUGUCUAUAUACAAGUAUGUUAAUUUCAUGAAAGGCACUUCCCAGUGGUACUGGAGACAUAUAAGUUCUGAAAUAAUUUUAAAUAGUGUAUUUUUUUAUUUUUUACUCCUUUUGAGCUUUUUGUGUUCUAAUGCAGAACAUGUACUUUAUAAUUUAUUUGUAUAGAUAAAUAAAAUGCUGCAUUUGACACAAAA